AUUUUGAACGCGCAGGAUAUUGUACACAUCGUAGACAUCAAAGGCGUUAGAGCUAUAGCGAAUCAUCUCACUUUUAUUCUAGAGUGUUACAGCGUGACCAGCAUAUUAACGAUAUGGCUGAACCUCUGUCGAACCAAUGUAUUAACGAUGGGUUAGGUGAUCAGCAAGAAAGUAUAGCUGAGCGUCGGGGGCUGCAAGAGUCUGGGGACGCGGCAUCGACAUCGCAAAAGCGAGGAACAGAGCAGGAUGGUGCAGGUGUAACUGCCACAUUCCAGGGAGAAAUGCCGGGGCGCCGGAGAACAGGGUCAGCAAGCCGGGAUUCGCCAUAUCAACCAGAAGGGUUACAGCCGCAAGCUGAGGUAGCGCAAAGCGGGAACGGGGACUACAGCCCCGGCGACCCCGGUGACUGCCCCGACGACGCCCUCGCCGCGCUGGCUGCCGCCGCCCGUGACGACGUGGUGGGUCAGCUGCCCCGCUACGCCGCCCCCUCGCUGGCCUCCUGCCUGCCCGCCUACCGCAACGAGGAGCAGGAGUUCAUCCUGCGCACCUUUGCGGGCGGCAACUACGACAUGCUGCGACACCUGCCGGACAGCAUUCGGGAGCAGCAGGUCCUUGCCGCCCGCUCCGCGCGCCAGGAGGCCGCCCGCACCUUCCUGCUGCCCGGCCAGCUGGGCUCGCAGCUGCGGCUGAGGUCGGGGCCGCCCAACCAGCAGGGGCUGUUCACCGCAUUCGAGUACAUACCCUCGCGCUACUCCCUGGCUGCCGAGCUGGCCUCCAAGGAGCGGGUGGCGAGUGAGGCCACGCGGCUCACCAUCGGGCGGGGGCAGGAGUUCAAACCCGUGGUGGCGCAGCCGCUGCAGAAACAGCAGGAGAUCGGCCCCAAGACCGGCUACGUGUACCUGGCGGGGCCGUACGAGGACACGGAGGACCUGAGGCUGUCGGAGAGGUCCCACACCUCCUCCUCCGCCGUGAACCCUCCCUUCAUCCCCGCCGGCUGCCAGAAGCUGGGGGCGGAUGUGCCCACCCGGCCGGCGGCGCUGGAGAUGAUGAAAAACACGAAGAGGGCGCUGGAGGCCGAUUGGGAGGGUGCGGUGAUCAGCCUGUUUGAGAACGAGCACGACUGCUGGGUGGUUUGUUUCCAAGAGGCCAGUGUUGACGGCGGGCUGGCGGGGCUGUCCGCCUACAUGAACGUAUUCGUGCGCACCAACCCGGUGGCCACGGAGUACAGGCUGACAAAGGUUGUUGAGUACUGGUCCUGCAGCCCGGGUGACGGCUGCGUGUACUUUGUGAUGCGGCCGCCCUGGGUGGCGCCGCAGCGGCUGGAGACCUUCUUCACACUGCACCCGGAGGAGCGCGACUGGCGCACCAGCUUCCCGGUUGCCGAGAUGGAGGCGGUGCGCAGGGCCCGACGCAAGGCCCUGGAUGCCGGUGACGACGAGCUGGAGGUGGACCAGCGCAUGCGGCAGAUGUCCCUCCGCUCCCACCACUCCACCACCCCGCACUCGGGCCUGGGCUCAGCACCCGCCUCAGCCUCCACACCCGCCACCACCGCCUCCGCCUCCGCCCACACCCCCGCCAGCCUGCCGCUGCCGCCGCUGCCCGCCCUGCCGCCGCAGCAGCAGCCGCAGAACCCGCCGCCGCCGCAGCUCUCGCCGCCCUCUGGCUUGGGCGCCUCCGCCUCCGCCUCCUCCCUGCCACUACCACCCUCGGGGGGCGUAGGACCAGGGGCAGGGGCAGCAGGAGGAGCAGGUGGAGGCGGGCCCUCCCCGGCCGCCGCCUCUUCACUGCCCGCGGGGGCGACACGAACGCUAGCAGCGAGUGCGGCGUCGGGGAUGGGGAUGUGAGGAGGUAAAGAGGAAAGGAGGAGAGGGAAGAAGGGAACGGCAGGAGAAAGAAGGGGGAGAACUGCAUGAGCGAAACGCUGUUACUGUCUGUUACUCUUAGAAGGGGAAGGGAGCGGACGAGGUGGUGGCGGUGGAGGGCUGCAGCCGAGGACAGCCUUGGCACAUGAUACAUGAGUCGUAAAGAAGAGGACGGUUUCCUGGGCUCCACCUAUCGAGCAACGACAAGCCUGGUG